AUGGCUGCUCCCAAUCAUGCGGCCAGUACCGGUGCCGACCGACUUCGGAUUCUGGUCAAGGGGUACCGUGGUGUGUGCGAAGUGGGCCCCAGAGCGCUCGCCACCGAUCUUGGCGUUCGGAACCAGCACAGGAUGCUUGACUCUGUGGUCGCAGGAAUCGGCGAUCCAAAGGGCGUACAAGCCGUGCCGCUUAUGGCGGAGCGAUUUCAGCGCCAAGUUUCGACCGCCGAAGCAGUAACUUGUCUCAACUGGUCGAUUUCCACAACACAGAUCCCCCUCCUAGCCGUUGGAACGAACGACGGAUAUAUUCAUUUGCUGCUGAUCCAGGACGCCAAGGACCCGAAAACGAUAUGGUCGGUAGAAUGCCAUCCAUACGUUCGCCCUUUACAAGUAGGGUUUCCAACCGUUGGACGCGAUGAAGUCUUGAUCCUGGGCAGAGACCACGGUGACAUUGUGUUGCUCGGCGCGAAAGGUAGCCCAUUGAGUUCAUCGGCCGCCAACGCAAUUCUUGGCUCCGCCGACAUUAGGAGCCUGGAGACCGGCGACGGAGCAGAACUGGUGGUGCAAGAGCUCGCUGGCGCCUAUCGCAUUCACCAUUACCGGCACGGCAAACUCGCUCACAUCCGCGAACUGGUGACCGGGCAGAAAGGGUUUCCACCGGCCAACACCAGACAAGUUCGUUUUGGGGACGGAGGACGAGAAGUGUUGAUUGCAAGUGACCACGGCAUUAUUUACGUCUUCGACAAGCUAUCCGGCAAAAUCGCCUUCAAGUUGCGCCUUCGCUCCUCAUCCUCUUCUCCUGCGAUCACGACCGACGUCCAGGCCGGAACCACCCCACAGUGGGCAUUCAUCGCCUCGAGUGGUGUUUACAAAGGGAAGGGCUUCAUCAACGUUUGGCGCCGUCCCCGAACGGCGGUCUCCGCUACUGACGCGGUUUGCCUCAGCGUGGCACGCAAAUCGACUACAGAGCCGAUGCCGAAAUCCGGAUCCCGCGCGGUAUUCUUCGCCAUACUGAUAUGGUCGGCCGUGGGCUUGCUGGCGUUCAUCAACGUAAUGUUGGAGACCUUUCCUGCAAUCAAACAAUGGAUAUUGCAAGCGCGAUUUGGAGCACCCCAAACCGCUUCCAAAGCGCGGAUAUCGUGGGCCAAAUUUAUGACGGAACUGUGA